UUGUGGAUCAUCAUAAAUCCGCAAGAGAUGAUCUAUUGAGUGGAGAUGAAGAUAAAAAGAAUUAUUUCUUUGACAUGGAUAAAAGUGGUGCGAGGUUGGCCUGGGAAUUCUUUUGGCCAGAUAAGGAAGUUCCAUUAUUGAUUCGAUAUAUUGAGGACAAAGAUCUAUGGAGAUUUAAAUUGCCAAAAUCUCGAGAAUUUUCAGUUUUUUGGGCAACCAUUCCUUUUCAGUUUGAAAUUUAUGAUCAAUACGUCAAAGAUGAGAGCUUGAUUGAAAAGGCCAUAGAAUCCGGAACUCAUAUCCUUAAUUAUACUCAGGCUCGUGUUUCUUUCAUAAAAGAUAAAGAUUCUUUUAGACGUAAAAUGACUGUAAACAUAAUUGAUGAUGAUAAAAAGCCUCAAACCAGAACCUAUACCGUAUUCGUUACGAAUUCAUCAUUAUGGCAAUCAGAACUCGGAAGUUCUCUUGCAAAAAUGGAUGGGGCUGAUUUUGGCAUGGUAUUUUUUUAUGAUGGAAUCUUAAAACGAUAUAGUGUCAGUUUAAGAAGCUUGGAUGAAAAAGCAGAUGUUUCUCAAGUCGCAAAAGCAUUUGGUGGUGGUGGUCAUAGAAAUGCAUCUGGAUUUACUUGGGAUCAUAAAUCAAUUGAAGAUUUAUUCGAUUCUGAAGAAAAUUGA